CUAACGGACAGUUUGAAAACCCGGCACUGAGCGAACUGAAAGGACAAGUUCCUGAAAGCCUAGUCCCUCCCACAUCCCACCCCGCCCCCACUAACCCCGCGCCUAGUUCAGUGAGUUGAGGCCGAGAAGCGCCACAUGUGAGUGAACAGCAGCAGCGGCCGUAGCCGGACGAGUUGAAUCCAGGCUCAUUUCAGGCAAGCGGCGGCAGCGCCUCCGGGGAUCCCGCGGUUCGGUGCCCGGCCUGGGCCUUUCGAGCAGCAAAGCGCUGCUGUCAACUGGAGAUUCCUGCAAGUGGGUGAAUGCAAUAAAAUCUGGUUUCAAACUAACAAUUUGGAAAAUCAUCCCUCAUCACCGAGAUCUACCAGCAACUCCUCAUCGAGCUUCCAGUGCUUCAUUCAAAGUACCAAAAUGCCUAAAAUACAGCUUGAUGGAAUAACGAUAGAUUUUCCUUACAUUCCUUAUAAAUGCCAAGAGAAUUAUAUGUCUAAAGUGAUAGAAUGUUUACAAAAGAAAGUAAAUGGGAUUCUAGAAAGCCCGACUGGCACAGGAAAAACACUUUGUCUUUUGUGUGCUUCUUUGGCCUGGAGAGAACAUUUACGAGACAGUAUUUCAGCAAACAAAAUAUCCCGUCAGUUGAACGGGGAAGAACUUUUUGAGGGUCGAUCUCUGUCUUCAUGGGGCAGUGCAUCUGCAGAUGCUUAUUCAGCAAGUUACAGUGAUAUCCCAAAGAUCGUUUAUGCCUCAAGGACGCAUUCACAACUCACGCAAGUAAUUAAUGAGCUAAGGAACACAGCGUACAGACCAAAGGUAUGCGUUCUUGGGUCAAGAGAUCAGCUCUGCAUCCACCCUGAAGUAAUGAAACAGGAAAGCAAUCACGUAAAGGUCCACAUGUGUCGAGUGAAAACUUCCACACGAACUUGCCACUUCUAUAACAAUGUAGAGGAAAAGAGCACAGAAAAGGAAUUUACACAGACCAUUCUUGAUGUAGAAGAUCUCGUUAAAAGUGGCAACAAACACAGGGUAUGUCCUUAUUAUUUAUCUCGAGCUCUGAAGCAGAAUGCUGAAAUAAUCUUCAUGCCAUACAACUAUUUACUUGAUCCAAAGAGUCGCAGAACUCACAAUCUAGAUCUACGGGGCACAAUAGUGAUUUUUGAUGAAGCGCACAAUGUGGAAAAAAUGUGUGAAGAAUCAGCUUCAUUUGACCUUACUCCUUAUGACCUUGCCUCUGGAAUUGAUGCUGUUAAUCAAGUCUUAGAGGAUGAAGCAAAAAAGGUGAAACACAACAAGUAUGAUACAGACUUUAAUGCUGAAUCAUUCAAUUCAGAGCUGAAAAUGGAUUUGAGUGAUCUGGCUAAAAUAAAAAAAAUUCUACUUGAUUUAGAAAAUGCAAUAGAUGCUGUUGAAUUAUUACCAAAUGGAAAUGGUGUCACCAAACCAGGAAGCUUCAUCUUUGAAUUGUUUGCACAAGCUCAAAUUACUUUCCAAAACAAGUCUGCAAUUUUAGAAGCAUUGGAACAGAUCAUCACUGCUUUGUCAGCACGCAGUGGAAUAUUCACCAAUACAAGUGGAUUACAGAAGGUAGCUGAUAUUCUUGAGAUUGUUUUCUGCAUUGAUUUGCCAGGGGGCAGUACAGCACAUACACAGGGACAAAAUGUGACCAAGUAUUACAAGGUUCAUGUGCACCCAGAUAACAGUGGGAAGAGGAAGCAACACAGAACUGAUUUAUGGACUUCAUCUGUUAUGAAAAAACAAGGAAAGAUUUUAAGUUACUGGUGCUUCUGCCCUGGCUACAGUAUGGCUGAUCUGGUACGCCAAGGGGUUCAAUCCAUCAUCCUCACAAGUGGUACACUUGCUCCACUGUCCUCUUUCACCUCAGAAAUGCAAAUCCCUUUCCCUGUCAGUCUGGAAAAUCCCCAUGUGAUUGACAAACACCAAAUAUGGAUAGGGGUUGUUCCGAAAGGCCCUGAUGGAAUACAGUUGAGCUCUGCAUAUAACCAAAGGUUUUCACCUGAGUACAUGUCAUCCCUUGGAAAAACACUGAUUAAUCUGUCCAGAGUCGUGCCAAAUGGGUUGUUGGUGUUCUUCCCAUCGUAUCCUGUCAUGGAUAAAAGCCUUGAGUUCUGGAAAGAGCAAGGCAUUUCCAACAGAAUAGAAGAGAUCAAACCCAUCUUUGUGGAAGUGAAAGGCAAAGGAUCAUUUACAGAGGUUAUGGAUGCAUAUUAUGAUAAAGUCGGUGAUCCAAAGUCAAAUGGAGCAUGUUUCUGUGCAGUGUGCAGAGGAAAGGCUAGCGAAGGGUUGGAUUUUGCAGACAUGAAUGGGCGAGGUGUGAUUGUUACUGGACUGCCUUUUCCACCUCGGAUGGACCCUAAAGUAGUGCUGAAGAUGCAAUUCCUUGAUGAAAUGAGACUGAAGUGUGUUGGAACUGCUCAGCAUUUAUCUGGACAAGAAUGGUAUAGGCAGCAAGCAUCACGUGCUGUCAAUCAAGCCAUCGGCAGGGUUAUUCGUCACCGCAAUGAUUAUGGAGCCAUCUUCCUGUGUGAUCAUAGAUUUACCGGAACAGAGGUAAUGUCACAGUUGCCAUCAUGGGUACGACCAUAUAUCAAAAUCUAUGACAACUUUGGACACACAAUUCGAGAUGUAUCUCAGUUUUUUCGUAUUGCUCAAAAAAUUAUGCCUGCGCCAAAACUGAAGGUGGGGUCUUGCAGAGGCCGGUGUUUGGAGAUAGAUGCUGGUGCCUCAUCCUCGCCAGCUGUCUCUGACGUAAAUCUGAAGAAAGCAAAAACUUUAGAUUCCCAUGUUCCAAGCCUCAAAAGAAAGCGUGCUGAUGGCGUUGAGCCUUCUGAAGGAGAUGGUAUGACCAAGAUUUGCAUUGAAUAUGAGAAAGCAAAUGCGAACACAAGAAAGAAACCUGUGAGCCUACUUGAUGCAUUAGAGCAUAGUGAACAGAAGACUGAUGAAAGUGGAAAAAAGGCGGUUAGAAUGUUAACCGUGUCUCCUAAACAUGUGACUGGUGAACAGCGAGGAGGGAGGAAAAAAAUCACGCUAGUUAGUAAUCAUGUACUUGAUGUAUUGCCACUAUCUGAGAAGACAAAAGCAGAAAAAGCUAAACUUUUCAUAGUAGCUGUAAAAGAAAUUCUCAGCAAUGCCAAUUAUGAGCGUUUUACUAGUGCGAUGCAAAAGUACAAGUUGACAGAUGAUUUUGAUACCAUGCUGAGUGAAAUGGCAGCACUUUUUACAGAAGAUUCAAAAAAAAACAAUCUUCUGCGAGAAUUUUAUCAGUUUGUUCGGCCACAUCACAAAAAGAGGUUUGAUGAAGCUUGCUACGAUCUGACUGGUGAGGGAUGUGGAUUUAAACCUGAACAUGCAGUUCCAAGAGAGGAGAGGAGAAGAGUGGAGCACGAAGAAAAUGCAGGUAAUGACAAUAAAUGGAGGUUUGAGCCAGCAGUCUCUGCAGAGAGCAAAUUUACAUCAUCUUCAAGUUCAUCUCAACAGCUAAAUGCUUGCACACAUCUCAACAGAGGAGGACAGCACCUAAACAGUGGCAUGAUUAACCAAGGUGAAUUUUGUAAUUCUGAACCAUCUGUUUCUACAACUGCACCUCUGAAAACAUUAACUUUGACAGCAGACCAGAAGAAACAACACGUACUUGCUGCCUAUGUUAGUGAUGUUAAGAAGGCUUUAGGACCGAGUAAAUACAAUAGAUUCUCAACGGUACUUCAGACAUAUAAAAAGACAGAUAACUAUGAUGACAUGGUAUCUGAUGUAGGUGCCCUGUUUACUGAAAAGUCUGAGGAUUUUCAUUUACUAAGAAGAUUUUACAUAUUUGUUAGAACACACCAUAAACAACAGUUUAACCAGAUGUGUAAAGAGCUGACAGGAACAGACUGUAAACAGUUAAUUGAGAAUGAGUGUGAACCUGAGAGACAAAGAGGAACUCUGAGCAAAACUGAGGAGAAACUCCCUAAACGUACAGUCCUGACUGGAAACCAGAGUGCCGGCAAUAACGCGAAUGUAGCUGAAGGAUCUGGAACUAUACAAAGCAGGAUUUCAGAAUUCUUUCUAAAUGGUGGAAAAUCAAAGGCUUUAAAUGUCUUGGAGACUUCAAGCACUUUACAUUGCACUAAUGACAACAAUAUGGCAAAGAACUGUCCCUCUGAAGUUCAGGACGAGGAAACAAAAAGCAUACGAUCCCCAUCUGCAAAUGCCCCAUUACUGCCUUUCUCCUCUGAUGUGAAUUUGAAAUUAGGUUUCCACUGCAUAGUUUGCAGAAUUGAUGCAACAGUGCCAUUUAAUUGUCAAUCCUGUGACUUCAUCUGCUGUAUGUCUUGCUGGAAGCAGUUGUUGAAGAAAAAUAAGAAGUGCCCACAGUGCAAAGAGAUCAUCAACAGAAGAUGCUUGAGGCAACUUUUCUUUUGGACGUACGAUCCACAGCCUACCAAUCAAGUGAGGACCAAAUUGGAUACGUCAAGGAAAUCACUUUAACUCUUUGGACAAAGGCACUUUUAUUUGGCUGACCACCUGCCUACACGAUGACCUGCCUCAACCAUCCGAGAGCUGGAGCCACCAUAAUGAAAUCCAUUAAACUGU